AUGAGUACAGCAACGGAGAUCAAGCUCCUCACACUGCUUAACGUUAGCGCGGUCAAGCGACCCAGAGAAUUGGAUCUACCAGGAGGUCAUAGGGGAUCACCAUCUUUCUCUAAAACUCCUUCUCUCGUACUGGAAUCAGAAGAUGGUCAGGAACCCAGUAAGAAAAGACGGAAGAGUGUUGUAUUUGGAGGAGAGGUCGGACCGAGUGGAAGUACUUUUGGUAAGAAGGGGAAAGGUAAAGCUAAGAAGGUUGAGAUAAGCGAAAGUAAUGGGAUUGCAGAUUCCGCAAAAGAUGUGAUUGCCAAUGGUCUUGGGGAAGGGAAUGAAGAUGUUUUUGAGGAGGAUGACGAGUCAGGUGAUGAGGGAGAGAGCUCCAACUCAGUCAAUAACGAUAUGUUCAAUCUUCACUUUGGGGCUAACCCACCUAUUCACACCAAGGAAGCUGUAGAAAUGGCGGAAGAGCACAAGUGGAAAUCGGAGAGGAAGGCUCUCAAGGGCUUUGGAAGAGUGGUCGAGCUGUCAGCGCUAAGCGCUGAGGCUAUGCCCGCAGAUGUCAAAACUAGAAUCACGCCGUCCAUUGGAUCUGCUUUGGAAGCCUCAUCAUCAACAACUACUACUCCUCUUCUCUCUACCUCAUUGUCCUAUCUCGGUACAUAUAAAGAUUUCUACCUUCACUCACUCGACGGAGAAGCGGAAGGUUCCGAACCUCAGAUAGUGGGUGAGCAGAAGGAAGCGAUGAGAAAGGCGGCGGUCGUCCACGCCUUGAACCACGUCCUGAAAACCCGUCGACGUAUCAUUCGAAACAACGAAAAACUCGCUCAUGCUGCAUCAUCCGACAACCCUUCAUCUAUUCCAGAACCUCCUCGAGACCAAUCAUUCACACGCCCCAAAGUCCUCCUUCUAUUACCAUUCCGUUCGCUCGCAUUACAUUACAUCAAAACGCACCUUCUUCCACUAGCGCCAACAGGUACACAGAUAGAGAAUCAACGUCCAUUUUUGACUUCUUUUUCUUUGCCUGAAGGUGAAGAAGAUCCUCUCGCAUCAAGUUCAGCAAGCAAAGAUUUCCCUGUCGAUCAUCUCGUAAAUUUCAAGGGUAACAGUGAUGACAAUUUUAGAUUUGGUAUCAAGUUCACUCGUAAAGCUUGGAGAAUUGUUAUGCCACCUGCCAACGAAGAGAAAUUGUUAGACUGUGAUAUACUGGUGUCUAGUCCUCUAGGGUUCAAGAUGGCUGCCGAGAAAGAAGAUAGUACGGAUCUUUUAAGUUCCAUCGAAGUGCUCAUAGCGGAUGGAUUGGAUACGAUGGCUAUGCAGAACUGGGAUCAUGUGCAGUUCAUCUUCAAUAACAUGAACAAAAUACCCAAAUCUCCCCAUGGAUGUGAUUUCUCACGAGUGAAACCAUGGUAUCUUGAACAACAAGCCCAAUACCUACGCCAGACUAUCCUUCUUUCGCGUUAUGAUACUCCAGAAUCUCGAGCACUCUUCAACCGUCAUUGCCACAAUCUUCAGGGCAAGAUCCGGUUGGAAAGAACAGACUAUGAAGGUGUGCUCGGUCGUGUCAGGUCGGGGGUGAGACAAGUCUUCGAACGGAUCGAUUUAGAAGGCCCAAAAGCCUUGAAUGGAUCAGCAGCUGUGGAAGAGAUGGAUACUAGGUUAGAAUGGUUUACCAAGAAGACGAUUCCUGCUCUUUUGCGAUCCGCUAUCUCACGACAGAACACACUCAUAAUCGUCCCAUCCUAUUUCGACUUCGUCAGAGUCAAUAACUAUCUAAGAAAGAACGAUGUAUUCACAUACGUGUCCAUAUCGGAAUAUUCAUCCAAUGCCGAAAUCAGUAAAGCUCGAACUCUAUUCUUCAAAGGCAAGAAAUCAUUCUUGAUCGUGACGGAACGAUUCCAUUUCUACAGAAGAUACAAGAUACGUGGAGCUAAAACUCUAGUAUUCUACUCUUUACCCGAUCACGCUCAGUUCUAUUCCGAAUUUCUGAAUACACCUUUCCUAGGAUCAAAGGGGCAGGGUGAAGUAGAAGUGGACGAAGCUGAAGUGUCGAGUAGGGUUUUGUUCUCGAGAUUCGAUGCUUUGAAAUUGGAGAGGGUGGUAGGGUCGGUUAAUGCUAGGAGGUUGUUGACUAGCGGUGAGGGAAGAUUUGAGUUUAUAUGA